UACAUAAACUAAAUAAACUAAUAUUUGAUUUCGUUUUCUACUGAAGUGACAAAAAAAGUUCUUACUAGGUUUGGCUUCACGUUUUUUGUUUUGAGAUUGAUUUUCUAAAUUUUUAAUUUUGUCGCUGCUGGGCUUCCAUACCUGACAGAACCGCCCACAGAGGCAGCUACAGGACAGACUGACAAACAUCUGGAGCAGCUGUGAGUUUCUGCUGUGCUGUCAGAGAUGCUGUCCUUGGUCUCCCGCUCAUUUUGCCUCAUGGUCUCUGGUUGCCAAGGAAGUCGGCGCUCCAUAGCAACCGUCAUCUCUGGAAACAAGACAUCAAAGUUGGUGAGGGACAGGCUGAGGAAUGAUGUGGAGAAGAUGAAGGUCCAGUUCUCAGGGUUCAGACCCAGUCUGGUGGUUCUACAGGUAGGAGACAGAGACGACUCCAACCUUUACAUCAGCACCAAGCUGAAGGCUGCAGCCGAGAUUGGAAUCGAUGCUAAACACGUUCGCCUGCCGAGCUCUGCCACGCAGGCAGAGGUGCUGCAGAGCGUCCUGUCGGUCAACGAGAACCCGUCGGUCCACGGUCUGAUCGUGCAGCUGCCUCUGGACUCCGUGAACCGCAUCGACACGGAGCUCGUCACCAACGCCGUCUCUCCUGAUAAAGACGUGGACGGUCUGAGCUGCAUUAAUGCAGGAAAGUUGUCUCGAGGUGAUCUGAAAGACUGUUUCAUCCCCUGCACCCCCAACGGCUGCAUGGAGCUCAUCAGACAGACAGGUGUGUCUGUGGCAGGGAAGCACGCCGUCGUUAUCGGUCGCAGUAAAAUCGUAGGCGCUCCGAUGCACGACCUGCUGCUGUGGAACCACGCCACUGUGACCACCUGUCACUCAAAGACCCCGGACCUACCUGAGCAGGUGUCCCGGGCCGACAUCCUGGUGGUGGGGGCGGGCAGGGCGGAGAUGGUGCGAGGGGAGUGGGUGAAGCAGGGCGCCGUGGUCAUCGACUGUGGAAUCAAUCAUGUUCCAGAUGAGACCAGGGCGAGCGGCAAACGGGUGGUCGGAGACGUUCACUACGCCUCGGCCAAUCAGAGAGCAGGAUUCAUCACACCCGUUCCAGGAGGGGUGGGGCCAAUGACAGUGGCCAUGCUGAUGGAGAACACGGUGCAGAGCGCUCACCGCUUCAUUCUGAGGCACCAGGCAGACAGGUGAAACACAGGUAAACAUGAAGGUCCAGCUCAUAAACAUCUUCAGGUUUUGAACAAACACUUCCUGUUUCAGAAGCUGCAGCUCCGUAUUUAACUUCCUGAUUUUAUUUGACUGUUUUUCUUUGUGUUUUUUUUUUAUCUGAAGGUUCAGAAUAAUUAUUUUAAAAAAGAACAUUUAUUCAAAAAGCUUCACAGAAACCACAGAUUCACUCUGUAAACAUCUGUACUGUAAAUAAAACAACAACAAAGACUCACAGUUCACCUGAAAACCUGGAAUUCUGUGACAGGAAGCAGCUUUGGAUCAAAUGAUUUAAAACCAAAAUUUAAUUUAAAGAUGUUCAAUUUAAAUCCUGAAUGUUUUAAUUUAUUCCCUGUUUUUGACCCUUUAUUCAACAUAAUUUAGUUUUAUUUUAUUUUUUACAUUUAAAUCCUGGUUCUCAUCAGAUAAUAUUAGUAUGAAGUUUGAACAGUUUGAACCCACAGAUGAUUGACAGCUGUCAGAUUAGAUAAAAUGUUCAUUAAUCUGAUUGAUGGCGGAGCGUCAGCGAGGCAGACGUGUGUUUCUGGAUGAAGAUUAAAAUCUGUUUCUUCACGA